GUACAACAUGUACUACAAAUUGUACCAAAAAUGCAUAUUAUCUUAAAAUGUCGUAGACAGAGUCUAUAUUUAUAGCAUGGAACAAUGAUGGUUAUAGUGGCAUUGUGUACGUCGGUGUAUAUUAUAUUAUACUUAUCUAUGGCCGGUGUUCAGUAUCAGUAAUCACUAACCAGAGUGCUUGACGCUUGUUAGGUGUUUAUGUGUUGUAUGUCGUUAGUUGUUAUUUUCGUCGUAGAUUGUAUUUUGCUCUAGGACGCUCUGUACUCAGUAGUAGUGUGUGCAUUUUACACCAACGUUGUUUUAAACUUCGGGCAUUCAUCAUUCAGCACGAUGGAAUUAUUACAUUUGGCACCGGAGACUCAAAACUUUCAUUGUCCAUUUAAUGCAGCGCAUACAAUGCCACAAAAGACAUUAACCAAGCAUUUGAAUAAAUGCCCUGAUAAACCACCACAUUUUAAGCAUUGUAUCUACAAUUUAUCACAUGUAAUGCCUGAAACAGAUUUGAAGAAUCAUGAAGAAAAUUGCCCUGAUCGGAUAUUAAUCGAUGUAGCCAUUUAUGAAGCAGAAGAUAUGACGCGUCCAAAUUCUAAUGUAGAAAAUGCACCAUCAAUAAAGUAUGAAGAAUCUUGGGAUGGCUUGGAACAAACAUCUGAAAUUCUAAAGACCAUCAAAACAAAAACCGCGUCAAUGAAAGCAACUCAUAACAUAACAAGAUCAGAACGUAAACAACAUCGUAUCAAUUUACACGAAAAUGAUAUUAAUAACGUUGAUAAUAAAGAUGGGAAGAAACUGCAGGAUAAGAAAAUGGAUACAAAACCAUUAUUCAUUGGAAAGAGACCCAAUACAUAAAUUACAUCAAAAUAAAAUGUUUUAAAAAAUGUAAAAAUAUACUAAAUUAAACUUUUAAAAAAUAAUUGCGUUCAUUUAACUGAUUUAAAGUAAUAAAAUAUUAAAAUAAUUUGACUGAAUAAAGUAAAAAAAUAUUACACAAGAGUACCAGUGGAUUAAUACUUUUAGUUUUUCAUAUUUUGGUUGAUUUUAUUGACUGAAUUAAAGUAAUAUAAUAUUACACAACAGCAUUUGUGAAUUAAUACUUUUAGUUUUUCACAUUUUUGUUGAUUUUAAAUAUAAUAUUUACCAUUUAAUUCUAUAUGUAUUAAAAUUAAGAAUAAAAUAAUUAUUUUACAAAUAUUUAUAUGAAUGUUUAUCGUCUAGGGUUGUUGUUCUAUAAAUAAAUAUUAAGUAUCAAUUAAUUCUAAAAGUAUUAUAAUUAAUAAUAAAAUAAUUAUUUUGUAAACAUUUUUUUAUACAAAUAA